AUGACGACAAACACCUCCCCUCACCUCCCUUACCUAAAACAAUGCCUUUCCCUCGCCGAACAAUCACCUCCAAGACCAACCAAUUUCCGAGUUGGCGCACUUCUUCUCUCUCGCAAAGACAACGAUGCCAACUUCACAGAUGAUCGGAUCCUCUCAACGGGCUAUACAAUGGAACUAGCGGGCAACACACACGCCGAGCAAUGCUGCUUCUCCAACUACGCCGCGGUGCACAAAGUGACUGACGAGCAAGUUGGCGAAGUGCUGCCCGUUGAGCCUGGCCGAAAACUCGUCAUGUACGUGACUAUGGAGCCGUGUGGAAAGCGGCUGUCUGGGAAUGCGCCGUGUGUGCAGCGCAUUACGCAGACGAGGGAGGGUGGUCGGGAGGGAAUACAUAAGGUGUAUUUUGGUGUUAAAGAACCUGGUACUUUUGUUGGCGAGUCAGAGGGGUGUCAGAUGUUGACGAAGGCCGGCAUUGAGUGGGAGCAUGUUGGUGGGUUGGAAAGGGAAAUUUUGACGGUUGCUUUUGCGGGACAUGAGAAUGGGGAGGAAGAGGUCAAUGCUGCGUUGAAGGGAAAGGAGGCUAAUGCUGAUAGAACCUCUGGGGAGGGGCAGCAGCAGAGACAGAGGAAUCCGCUAAAGAGAAUGAUGGAGGGGGAAACACAAAUCUUUGUAUAA